CUCUGUUUGAAGACCUUCAGUGAAGGAGAGCCCAUCAUGACACAGGGCAGGCUGUUGUUCCACUGUUGAACAGCUCAGAGAUUCCUCCUAAGAUUUUCCUGUUUCAGCAGGGAUAAUGAGUGGGUGCGAUUCUUGAGAAGAGAGACGCAGCGUGUGUGAGAUCAGAGAGGUGGCAAGAUGGAUCACCGGCUCACAGAGGAGCAGCUUAUUGAGUUUAAAGAGGCCUUCGCGCUCUUUGACACAAAUGGCGAUGGGGUUAUCACCAGCAAGGAACUGGGGACUGUCAUGCGGUCUCUUGGGCACAACCCGACAGAGGCUGAGUUGCAGACCAUGGUCAGCGAGGUGGAUGCCAACGGCACCGGCACAGUUGACUUCUCGGAAUUUCUGUCCUUGAUGGCCAAGAGAACCAGGGAUAUGGACAGCGAGGAGGAAAUCCGGGAGGCCUUCCGAGUGUUUGACAAGGAUGGGAAUGGUUACAUCAGUGCAGCAGAGCUGCGGCACGUCAUGACCAACCUCGGUGAGAAGCUCACGAAUGAAGAAGUAGACGAGAUGAUCAAGGAGGCUGACGUGGACAGAGAUGGGAGAGUUAACUACGAAGAGUUUGUUCGGACCUUCUCGCAUUUUGACACUGAUGGCGAUGGAUUUAUCACCCGCAAGGAGCUGGGGACAGCUAUGCGCUCCUUGGAGCACGUUCUGGUCCACCUCGGGGAAGUCUUCACGGAUGAGAAGUUGGAUGAGAUGAUCAAGGCAGCUGACACAGAUGGAGAUGGGAAGGUUAGCUUCCAGGAGUUUGUGAGGAUGGUGACAAAGAGAAGUGAAGACCCUGGAGGCAACCUAUGUUUCAUCAAUGUCAAGAGGAGGAAAGUGACAGACGUGUGGAGCAACCAGCUGGAUUUCUCGUCGCAUAACUUUCACCCGUUCGCCGAGCAAAAAGGCACCUUCUACAAAAGCAAAGAGAAGCAUUUUUUCUGUGUGCUGAACAGAAGCAAGGCUGUGAGUGUGAUCAGAGGAGCAGAGGAGAACAUGGCCCAUCAGCUAUCAGAAGAACAGAUUGCUGAAUUCAAGGAAGCCUUCUUGCUCUUCGACAAAGAUGGCGAUGGUGCCAUCACCACCAAAGAACUGGGCACUGUCAUGAGGUCCCUCGGGCAGAACCCAACAGAAGCUGAGCUCCGGGAGAUGAUCAGUGAGUUGGAUGCUGAUGGCAGUGGUACCGUGGACUUCCCAGAAUUCCUGACCCUGAUGGCAAGGAAAAUUAAGAACUCUGAUGGCGAGGAAGAAAUCCGGGAGGCCUUCCGAGUUUUUGACAAGGACGGCAAUGGCUAUGUUAGCGCGGCAGAGCUGCGGCACAUUAUGACCAACCUUGGUGAGAAGUUGACGGACGAAGAGGUGGAAGACAUGAUCAAGGAAGCCGACGUGGACGGAGAUGGGCAGGUGAAUUAUGAAGAAUUCCUGCGCAUCAUGUCCAGCAAGUGAAGAGUACUGCCAAGGGACCUGGUGCUGUAGUCCAUGGAACCAUCUUGAUUUGCUGCUUUUGAGGGCAUGGCUUCUUCUUUCCAAGGCAUGGGUGAGGUGGGUUGGCUUGGUAGCUCAUCAGAUAUGAUUCAACAGAUAAUCUGGCAAUGAAACUGUUCAUUAGAUGAGUGGAAGGAUUUGGACUUGGACUGUGCUGGGGACUUAGUUUUUGUCUGCAGUCCCAAGGGAGCUGCGGCAUGGCAACAGAAGCCUACUGCAGUAUGAUCGGCAGGAGCCGGGCCUCAUAGUCUCAAGGGGAACCCUUCCAGCUAGAUCUUGCUUUCUGUGUCUGUGCAGUAAUAGUAGUAAUCAUCAUAAUAAGUAAAGGCUGCAAAAUUUAGCCGGAAAGAAUUCUUGUAAUUGGAGCGGGCCGUU